AUGUUGUUGGACCUGCAAGUUUGGAAACAUGUUUGUAAUGUAGAUUUUUUGAUCAACUGUUGCUUUGUAGAUGAUAAAUGGUUGCCAAAAGUGUGGGACACUAAUGUCUCUAGAAUUGAAUUUCUCUUUAGAACAUUAAGGCUAGUGACAAUACACACACACACACUCGUACCUUCCCGUAACAGAAAGAACCAUUUCCAAUUGACUUCACCAACUGAGAUUUGUAAGCGUGGAAAUGCUACAGUUGAGACGGUAUGGCAUGAGCAGUGGGGUGGGCGCGACAUGCGGCGCGCGCCGCCCGCGCAACCUGUUGCCGUCGCUCUCGCGCUCUCGUUGCUGUUGCGUCUCGUCAACGCCGGAUCAAUGGGCCCCGGUAUCCCGGAAAAUAUAACCGUGACGUUUUUGAAUCCAACCACAGUUAGGGUAUCUUGGUCCACUACUGCGGACCUGGUAGAAAAAUAUGACGUCACAUACAAACCUUCAGACGCAAGUUACAGAGUCGUGUUGGAGGUGGCUGGCAAUUCAGAUGCGGUCAUAUUAAGCGGUUUGGAAGCCGACACGCAGUAUCAAGUAACAGUCGCCGCUCUUUGGGGCGGCCACAAGUACAGAAGUAGGCCUAUUGUCUUCCGCACUCUGGAGCCCCCGCGAACGUCACCGCAACAGGACGGGGGGCUGGCUGGAGCUACACCCCGUUCAUCCGUCGCUCCACCCGACCCAUCGCCUACAUUCCCAACGAUACGAGGUGUAGAGAUUGGUAUAGUAGUAUUGGUGCUGAUCGUGUGGAUUGGAGCAAUAGCGCUGUUCUUUAACAGAUGGGGGAAGAUCAGAAUGUUGCUCCCAUACCAGCCGGACUAUAAGCAAGAGCAGUUAAAGGUGCCAGGAAGCAGUGCGUUGGCGGCUGCGCAGGCAGGUGGCACUUGUGGCGCUCAUUCUGCACCUUCAGCGUGUUCUGUAAAUAUGGUUUAUUAA